GAUAAUGGGACGUAACUCUUUCACGACUGAGCGCAGUCAUUUACAACUUCCAAUUUCGAUAACGAAAAUAGGCCUUAACAGCGAGUUUUAAAAGAAAACAUAAGUCGAAGGGUGGCGACGAAGUCAAACAAACAUUUUAAUUUUGUAGUGGACACAAUAAACAUUGUAUGACAAUGGCCUCUGGUUCUACUGCACCCAAAGAGGAUGACAUGAUGAAACAGUUUAAGUCUAUGUAUGACUUUUUGAAAGAAAUUUUUCAACCUUCUCCUCAAAAGGGAAAAUCCCCGCCAGACGUCAUUGCAGCUAUCGAUUCACCACAGGGCGGCAACUUUCUUAAAACCGUGAGAUUUGUAACAGAAAGAAUGGACUCGGCAAGGCCAGUCAACAUAUCGUCAUCAGCUGGGCAAAAAUUUACUAGAUCACCAGGUGCAAAGAGGAAAGAAGGGGGAUCAUCAAACAUUGAGCUACAGAUAGCCUCACUUAACAAGGCCGGACCAAUGACUUUCAUACAGAAGACCCAUGCCAGAGACGAUAAGGAUCUUAGGAAAGUCGUAGAUGACCCGUUAAACCAAAUCAAGGAGCUGGAGACAAAAAUAAGUGCAUUGCAAACAGAAUUAAGUGAACUGAAACAAAAACACGGAAAGACUGUUGAAGAAGCAGAAACAGUUGCCCAUGGCUCUGCGCCAACAACAAAACCUGGACAAUCUAAAAUUGGAAUAAAAAGAAACCCACUAACCAGGGCUGGAACAAUGCCUACCAAUCAGGAGACUGAUGCCAGGUCCACAUCGUCAGCCACUGGUGCAGACAAAAAAUCUGUGAACUCACCAGAAGAAAGCGAAUCACACAAAAAGAAAGAACAUGACAUGGAGAUGACAAAAGAACAAUUCUUUAAACAAAAAGAAGAAAACUUUGUACUUAACAAAAGAAUUGAGCAAGCAGAACAAAUAAACAGGAAGUUAAGUGAAGAGAUUAAUAGCCUCAAACAGGACGUUGGCAAGUUUGAAAAGGGAUGGAAUGAAGCAGAAACACAACUUAAGGAAAACAACAAAGCUUAUACAGACUUAUUGGAUAUAAGAAAUCAACUUCUUCAAAAUGUGUCUAAACUGGACAGCGAUGUAAAGAAGUAUCAACAAGACAUUGAAAAUAGAGAUAGUACUAUCAUGUCACUGGGAAAUGAUCUGACAAGCAUAUCCAAAGAACAUAACGAUUUGAAAAGCAGAUUUAGCAAAUUAGCGGGUCACAUGCUUACUGAUCAAAACCCAGAUAUCGCUGAUCUUAGUGAUCCUAACAGAGCCAUGAAGUUGUCUGACAAGUUUGGAGCUUUGUAUGAUGAUGCAUGGACAGAUGCGUUUGAAGACCUUACCAACAAACAGAAACAGAAACCAAAUGAGGCCAUACAAUUUCUUUUGGAAAGCUUGAAGGAAUGUUGGGGUAUGUGUAAGAAAGAGGCUGAAACAUGGAUGUACUCUCUUCAGAAUGUAUUUGCUCAUCCUGUACAGGACAUAGAGGCCGUAAGUGUAAGUGUUGUUUUUGAACCCAACUUACGGCUUUAG